CCCGCGUUGAUUGAACGUGAUUACCCACACCUGUCCGUGAACAUAGCUAGUGCCGGUAGCAGCAGAGGUUUCCCGGUAAAUGUGGCCCGGAGUUUAACGGCUCUGUUCCGAAGUUUUCGGUUCUUUUCUGCGGUUGGACGGUUCUCUAACGGCUCCGUGAUGCAGAAGGGCCUGAAAAAAUACUUCGCCAACAUGGACGAGUACCUGGGCAGCCUGGGACUCUACCGGAAGAUGGUGGCGAGGGACGCGUCCAGUCUUUUCCGGGCAGUGUCCGAGCAGCUGUACUACUCUCAGAACUACCACCAGAAGAUCCGUCAGGACUGUGCCAACUUCAUGAGAGCCAACAGGAGCAACUUUGAACCUUUUGUUGAAGGUUCAUUUGAGAAAUACCUGGAGCGUCUGGAGGACCCAAAGGAGACGGUGGGUCAGGUGGAGAUCAAGGCUCUGUCUCAGCUGUACAGGCGCUGUUUCAUCAUCUAUCGUUACCCAGGAAAACCAGCCACGGUGAUCUCAGAGGACGACUUUGUGGACAAGGUGACACUGUGUUGCUCCAUCAAUGGUAACUAUGACAUUGUUUACCCACGGAGUUACCCCGCCUCUGCCGCCUUCUGUCAGUCUCUGCUGUACGAGCUGCUCUACACUCAAGUGUUUGGGUUGGAGGAGGCGGAGCUCUGUCAGGCCAUGGAGACCUUCAGGAUCGGAGGUCGUCGCUAUAGAAACAGCCCGUCAGUGUGUAGUGACGUGGACAUCGGUUAUGACACACCGGAGGAUCGAGGUCACAGGGAGGAGUCUGAGGUGGGCGGAGCUUCAGAGGACAAACUGCGGGCUGUGACAGAUGAGGCAAAGUCUCCUGCAGAGGCCCCGCCCCCCUCUAGGCUGUCCCUUCCAUAUAAGGUCAUGAAGUCUCUGGAUGGGGAGGUGUACAGGAACCUGGAGUUUGACGUGUGGCAGGACACCUGUAAAGAGAUGCAGAAGACGGACUACAUGGUGUUUGCAGGGAGGCAGUACUUCCUGGGAGAUAAAUGUCAGGUUCGUCUGGAGCCAAAGGGGAAAUACUACAAUGCCUUUAUCCAGGAAGUAGGAACUCACCCAUCGGCUGUCACCGUGUUCAUCGAGGAGCUGGGAGAGAAACACCUUGUUCCUCUGACCGACCUUAAACCAGUGAAUCCGGUCCCCGCCUGGAACGUCGCUGCCCCCUCAAGGAAAGGAGACCUGGACCUCGACUCUCGUGGUCAGCGUCACCAGCGCCAUCGUUACUUCAGGAAGUCUCGCGGUAGCAGUGGAGUGAAGGGGGCAGAGCUGUUGAUUCCCCAACCGGCCUCAUAUGGAGGCCCCUCCCCUUCAGCUCUGCCGCCCCGAUUCCAACCCACUGGUCACCCUAGACCCCCUCCUCCCCCAUCUCCAGGAGCUUUGACCUAUGACCCCUACGCACCCCCUCACCACCAUCACCAUCAUCCCCCUCCGCCCCGCCCUCCUCGCUACGGGGCGUCCAGAAGCUCCGCCCGCUUCCUGAACCGUCACCUGAUUGGUCAACAGUUGACCUAUUACCACCCUGGCAGACGGUAUUACCACGACUACGAGAACUACACCUUCAGGUCCCGUCGUAGCCGGCGUCAGCUGGCUGCUCUGAAUAAAGAGUGUCAGUUUGGAUUCCCCACUGAGGCGUCAGAAGAGCCCACUGAUCUGGACGCCACCAUGGCAUACUACCAGCUGGACGAUGGUGGCGAGGCCGUCUUUCCUCAGCUGACGGGACCUGCUGUGGCCCCUCCCCCCUCUAUAGGAGCCCCGCCCCCUCCUUCUGGGUCAUCCUACAGGGUUCAGAGGGGCUCAGGACCCCUUCCCCCUGCCCCUCCUCCAGGAAACACCCCAGUGAGCUCGUCUGAGGAAGAGCAGGAGGAGACGAGCACGGUGGAGGACCAAGCGGAGUACUCCGAGGAGUUCAUCUACUCGUCUCAGGAUCAGAGCUAUCCGACUUCAGGUGUUUACACUGCUGCUGAGCCCUCCACCAAUCAGGGUGAGGAGGAAGUAGGAGCCACUGACUCCCCACAGAGACCAGAGAUGAACUUCAGCUACACACAGCAAGUGGUGAAGCCGUUGGGUGUCAUCUGCUCGUCUCCCUCCUCGUCCUCCUCGUCACCUUCGUCUCCAUCACGUUUACCUGCUGCUCACCUGCAGCCAACCGCUCACACUCAGCCCCGCCCAGUUGCCAUGGCGAUACCAGCCUCUCCCUGGUUGGUUAAUGAGCUCGGUGAACCUCUCUGCAGUGUUGUGGCCCCGCCCCCUUACUCCUACGACCCCAAUGGCAGCGAUUUACCCCGAGACUGCAGGGUUCUUCAGUAUUAUUUCAACCUUGGCGUCCAGUGGUAUCAUCACACGUGCUGGCAGCAGCAGCAGGUCUACCCCCCAACUCCACCUGACGCCUCCUACCCGUACCAGCACUACAUGCCCUACCCGAGCCAGGACACGCCCCCACACGCUGCCCCCCCCUCAUACCCUGACACAACUCGAGGUCCCCAUCAGACCCCCUCCUCCUACCCAGAAUCCUCCAGGCCUGGAGAUGGACAGACAGAUGGACACAGUAGUGGCCCCACCCCCUCGAUGGAAGGCUCCUCCUCUGCCAGCCCCACCCCAGGCACCGCCUCCUCAUCUUUAAUAUACUCAGAUCAGCCCCUCCCCCCUCCUCCAUUGCUCCACCUGCCUUAUGAAGCUCCGCCUCCAUCCACGUACAUGCCUUCAGCCCCACCCCCUCCUCCUCUUCCCCACCCUCCCCAUCCGUUGCAUCUCCCCCAUCACACCUCCUACCACGCCUGUCUGCCCUCCUCCACUCACUGGGGGACAUCGUCUGGCCCACGGGUCUACUGUCCCUCCCCUAACCCUGCCCAUGUGGUCAGCUACAUAGCAGCUCCGCCCCCUCAUCAUACGGCUGCCCACUACCUCCCUCCCACAGUCUAACAGACACGCCCAACCUGAGGGGCCGCCUCCAUGCCAACCAUGCUCCACCUUUAAACCCCACACCCAGAUGUUACCAUGGUUACAAACAGAAAAACAAUUCAGCCGUAGCCAUGGUAACCCACCUGUUUGACAGUGUUCGCUGUAGCCAUGGUAACUAUGGUUGCCACAGUAGAGAGUUUAGAAACCAUUUUGGCGGUCGACAAGAAUGUUGACAUGUUUUGUUCUUUCUCAGUUCGUUUGUUUAGAUUCUAAGCCAGCCAAUCAGAGAGAGGGUGUGGCCUGUCCCAGGUUAUGAUAAGGGAUGUCUUUGUGUUCAGACCAUCUGUUUAAAUAAAGUUUAUUUCCGCAGCA